UAUUGAAACGAUUCCUUUGAUUUAUGGUUUGUGUCUUCAACAAACUUUUACCAUGGGCCCGUUUUCGGCGCUAUAAAAAGUAGGUGACCGUCACUGGGGGAAUACCGUACGACAUUUCGAUCUUGAGUUGCCAUGAGAUCAUCCCCAUCUCGAUGGCAGGAAAGGGCAUUGUCGUGGUUCAUGACACUGGGAAUUCCAUAUGCCUUAAUAUGGGAAGGAUUAGUGGUGCUGCCAUCAUACUACUCAAGCUUUUCACCAGUUAUUUUUUUGCAUGUCUUAAUGGGGGGAUAUUUGGUUUUCAUCAUUUUGCUAAAUUUCUCCAAGGUGAUUCAUAUAGACACUGCUGUGAAACCGACCGUGCACAUCGGAUGCGGCAAUAUGGCGGGCGUGUCAUUCUGCCCGUCCUGCCAAGUGAUGCAGCCUGUCAGGUCUUACCACUGUAGCAUGUGCAAGACAUGCAUAGAAAAGAGAGACCAUCAUUGCAUCUUUACAGGGUGCUGCGUCGGUCUGCGGAAUCACCGUUACUUCGUGAGCGGGGUGCUGGCGGUGUUCGUCGGGGCCCUCUACGGCCUGGUGUACGAGUGGUCCAUGGUGGUGGCUGCUGCUGGCGGGUACUCGCUCUGGCUGCCGGUGCAGCUGCUGGCCCCGCACCUGGUGCUGCCGUUCGGCGUGCUCGAUCUCUGGGGCUUCGUGGCCUGCGCCCAUCACAUGCUCGGCACCGCCGUCCUGGUCAACGCCGGAGUUAUCCUUUACACGCAGCUGUCCGCGCUGCUCCGGGGCCAGACGCAGUACGAGCGCAAGCACCGGCUGCGGGAGUUUGACCGGGGCUGGCAACAGAACGUGCGGUCCGUGCUGGGCCACCGCUGGCUUUUGGCCCUGCUCUGGCCGCUCGCCCAGUCGUCGCUCCCACCCGACGGCGCGGACACCGAAGAUGGCGACACCAGUGCGAGUCAGCCGGCUGCUGGCGACGCGGCCGUCCCCGACGCUGACGUACCGCCUGCAGUACCGUCUGCACGCGGAGAGGCAGUCCCGGCCAGCCUGUGCGGGCCGGCAAGGGCCGAGAGUUUGGAUUCUGCGCGACAGGGUUUGACGAGAAGAGGUGCCAAACCUUUUUAAGCUGUAGGUAGAAGACGAGAGCCGCACUACUUUCCGUUCAAAAUACUCGAGCACGAGAUGGAUGCCCGCGCUUGCGCAAGCGCAGUCGGGCGGACACCGAGUCAGAAGUGAGCUUACGCGCCCUUUGCGUCGUUGGUUUCCACGCAACACCAAAGCGGUCCUGGGUGUGUCCAAACAGGCAGAGGCUCUCUGUCUCUAGCUUCCUGCUCCCCGGUGGUCGCAUAUGCCAGUGUGUCGCGUGCUCUUUUUUAACUGUACGUGUGCUAUGCGUUCCGUUUUAACUAGAUAACUCGCUGGGAGGCACGUGAAUGGUGCAACGAAAACUGCGAUCUCGUUGCAGGGAUCGCGGUAGUUUUCAUGCCCGACGUAGUUACAUGGUCAUGUUCUUUAUCGUAAGUGCAAUGGUCCAUUAUUGUUUGAAUUGCCAGGGACACGUGGGUAGUAUGUACCCUCGUCGCUCAUGUACUUAGUGGUGUGCUUUGCAACACACUGCCUAUUUUAUCGCCAGGGAAACGUUCU